GUUUGACCCCUAGUUGAAUCCGUGUCGUGGAUAAGCUUGGAUAAGUUCUUCCAUAGGAUCAUGUAUGUGUUGUAGUUUCAUUUUGUUGUUCUAUGUAGUAAGUAGCCUAGUAUGAUGAGAACAAGAAACACACAAUAUUCAUAAACAAGAUGGGAGAUGAGACUAUGACCCUUGCCUCGCAAACGGCCCCCCCUAAGCGACGUCGUAAGCUGCGCAGACAGCUGCCAGCAUCAAAGAGACGGAAGAUAGCUGCUGCUGUGAAGGGGACAGACACAGCUGAGGCAGAAGACGAUGCUUUCUCUCAGCUCACUGACGCGGUCUACUGGGAGAUUGAAAGGGAAAAACACGACGUCGCUAUCCGAUUCGAAGACUAUUACAGGAAUGUGCAACGUAUUUUACCGGACGACUCCGAAUGGGACAAGUUUUUCAAGUUUUUGCACCAUCCGUUGUGCGUGUCCUUUCGCUUUUCUUCGCUGAGUUCCCGUCAACCGGAAGUUCAAGCGGCACUAGCAGAGGUGAAGGAUCAUUUCCUAUGGCCCUCAGUCAUUGAGGAGACUGGGCGAAAAGUUCCAGUACCAGUGAAAUUUCGCUUUCAAGUCGGAAGAAAUUGGUUGGAUACUAUUGGGACAAGUAGUCCAACUGGAAUUGGAAAGAAGACUAGUAUGCUUGGUGGAGACAGGAAGAACACAGAACAUUCCGCUAAGCCCCUUCCCUCCAGCAAUGUGGACAAGAAUUUAGUGGCUUUUCAGCUUUGUUACGACGCCAAGACUCUGGGAAGACACUUCAACGACCUGCAAAAGUGGCUCUUGGACAAGCAUCGGCUUGGCGUUUUAGAACGACAAGAAAUUGUCUCCAUGUUUCCGGUCUUUCUGCUCAAUGUUCAACCUGAUCAUUCUGUCCUAGACCUCUGCGCGAGCCCAGGAAGCAAGACGAGUCAAGCGGCAGAACGAUUGCUGGAUGUACAUGAUGUUUCAACGCCCCUGUCAACAUCUGGAGCACAAGGGAAGAGGGGUGAAGGCUUCCUCCUGGCAAACGAAAUGGCCAUAAAGCGUGCCUGCACACUGGCGAAACGUACAGAAUUUGCGAGUUCUGUACGGGCAGUCGUGAACCAUCGAGCACAAAUUUUUCCAGAAUGCUGCUUCGCAACAUCAACAUCGUCUGGAGAAGGAGAAGAUCAUGCAAGGUCCCAGACCUCCACCUCCAAAAAGAAUGAGAAGGAACAAUAUCUCCGAUUCGAUCGCAUUAUCUGCGACGUGCCUUGUUCUGGCGAUGGCACUAUGCGCAAGUACGAGGAAAAAUGGAGAUCUUGGUCCCCAACUUUAGGCUUGCAGUUGCAUUCUCUGCAAUUGCAGAUCCUUCUCCGUGGUUUGCGUAUGUUGAAAGUAGGUGGUGUUUUGUGCUACUCUACGUGCAGUCUGAACCCUUUUGAGAACGAGGCUGUGGUGCAAGCAGCUUUGCUCAGAUUAGGUCCGGGAAAAGUGGAACUGGUCAACGUUGGGAGUAAGAAGGACAUUUUGCCUUGCAAAGUAGCACCUGGAAUCCGAGAAUGGAAAGUUGUGACGGCUAGAGGGUCUAGUUCGAGUUCUUCUUCGGAGAAUAGUUCUUCUAGUUCUUCUUCGGAGAAGACUUCUAAGAAAGGCACAGGGACAGACAAGACUCAACACAAUGGCUUUUUUCAAGACAUUCCUCGGUAUGAGGAUUUGGAGAAAGUGUUUCCUGGUAAAGACGGCAAAGCUGAACGUCGAAAGUAUCGCAAGAGUAUGUGGGCGACUUCAAACGAGGACCAUGAAAGCAAGUUAAAAACUGCUAGAUCAUGGGCCAACGCCCAGUUACCACGAUGUUUACGAUUGAUGCCCCAUUACGCGAACACGGGGGCCUUCUUUUGUUGUCUCUUUAGGAAGUUAGCGGAGUGGCCUAAAGUGGAGGAGGUGGAGGGAGAGCAGAAGAUAACGAAAGCAGUCGUGAAGAACGAUGAAGAAACCAAAAUAACUUCGUCAAAGUCUAGACGGAAAUUGAAACGGUAUUUCGAUGCAGCAGCGCCAGAAGCACAGGAGUCACAGGUCAGUGCUGAAAAAUUCGAUGCUUCAUCUGGGCAAAAGUUCCAAGUCUCGAAAGGAUUACAUAGGCUUCUUUCUCAGCCAAACAGCUUGAAUGUUCUCUGUGCUGGAAAGCGGGUUCUGGUUGACAAGAAGAAAUGAUAAGUCGUACGUUACUUCUGCUUCCAAAAACUAUAUUCUUGUCUCCGAUCAUGAUCAUCUCAAGACUGAAUUGUAUAGAAAACCUGGGUACUGGUCGUUGAGUUUGAUCGUAGCUUGGCGUUUCAUCAUUCUCAGUCCCCUUCUAUCUCCCGAACCUGAUGAGAUCCACAACCCUUUACCCCAGCGACACAAGAGCUCUCACACAUUUUAUGUAUCACGUAUACCACGACAAUGAUAAAAAGAAUAUCCAUAGACUGGGAAUAUAGCCCGCUUGUAGCAGAUAUACCGUCUUUACAUGAUUCACAUCUUCGAGCACAGCCUGUAAGCUCUG